GUUAAAUUUAUUUGUGGUUAAACAUUUAAGAAGUUAAGUCAACAGCUUUGACAGCUGGUCACUUCUGAAUGCCACACAAGCCGACACCACGAUGGACAGCUAUAAAGAAGCUGGAAAGAGUGUGAAUAAGAAUUUGGAACAUUUCUCUGGAGAAACUGCUGAUCAUGGAUUCAAAUUUCAAUUGGAAAUCUUAUUCAAUUUGUGCCUUCAAAUUUAUCACUUGGACUGCAAGAAGUUCUCUCUGGGCUUUGAAGUCAGUGAAAUUGAUAAGCUGGAUGAUAUUGUUGUUGAUUGUGAAAUUAAUGAGCGGAAAUUUGCCUUCUUCCUACAAGCAAAGCAUAGUGCUACAAAAAAUCAAAUUUUUCUCAACAAUUUCUUUUCGGUGAAUAAGGAAGGUGGCUCUAAGAAAUUUUGGAAAAAGUAUAAUUUGAGACAAUUUGUGGAAGCUCUAAUGUCAAUUAGUGUUCAAAGAAGCAUGGAAAAAUACAAUGAUCAUACUAAACGAUAUGUUAUUGUCACGAAUAAUUCAAUUAAGACGGAUAAUGUUGAGACAAUUGUGGAAAAUUGCUUGGAAUUCAACGAGAUUUUCAGAAAAUUUAUAAACUGUGGUGCUGUUGUUGUAAAAUUUGGACUUGCAUUUGAAAAUUCGAUGCUGAAAAUUGUUGAAACAAUUAAGGAAAAUGCAGUAAAAGAUGGAAAGGAUGUACAUGUUCUCGACACCAAGUAUUUGCUGGAUAAUAUAGUUGUGCUUUCGAAUUUACCAAACCAUGAGGACCUUGAGGAAGUGAGUGAUAAAUUUGUAAAGAUUAUAUUUGAGGACCAUCAUUCAGAUCUUUUGCCAAAAUUUCUGAGGCAAAAUGUCAUAAAUUUUAUCAAGCCAGUUGAGAAGAAGAGAAAGUUUAUCAACAGAAAUAAUUUCAUGGAAAUCAUUGAGAUAUCAAUGCUAGAAGUCGAACUGACGAGAAUGACUGAGGCGUUUUUUCAGCAAAUUAAAUUUCUUGUGAAAUAUGAUAAGGAAUUUCUUGAAAAAUUUCGCAGUGAUUUGAGUGGAUGUAGAAUAGUCCAAUUGGGGGGACAUGGUAUACUAUCUGUCUUGAAGGUUUAUGAUGUACUAAAACAUAGUGAAGUCAAGGUUUUUCUCUUGCAACUUUCAUUGAUGAAAAAAAAUUACAAGAACUUCUUCAAGUUGCCAAAAUCUAAGAUCAUCAUUUAUGUGGAUUGUGGAAAGAACUGGAAAGAACUACUUCAAUACGAAAACGUUGUGAUAAUCGGUGGGGAGAAAAUGCUGAAAGAAGUUGAUUUUGGACAGAAAAUAAUUAUGAAGAAGCCUUCUUUUGAAGAAUUCAAUGAAGAUACGAGAAAUGCUUUUCUCAGGAAAACGGUUAAAAUACAAGGCUAUCCUGUGAAAUUGGAUCAAAUUCGAUCAUUAAUUUUUGAUGAUCCCUCUUUCGAUUUUGUCAACGAUUUAUCAGAAGAAUUAACUACAAAGGACUUUAUUGACUUUGGAAAUAGACUUCCUGAAGAAGGAAAAUUCUACAUUAUGAGAUAUUUUUCUCAAACACAAACUCUCAAUGAUCAUGAUCUGCUGGAGAAGUUUUCCAACGUCAUUAUAGAAGCUGAUCCAGGAAUGGGGAAAACUUCAACAGCUGUUAAGCUUGCAAGACAAUUUAAAAGCGUCAAUCCUCACUAUUGGGUGAGUGUUCUCUACCUCACAAAUUUCACAGAAAAAUUUAAUGAAAUACAGUUGAGCGAUAUGAUAUCGAUUGAUGAUAUCGAAGAUAUUCUAGCAUCAGGUCAUCAGCAUCAAGAAUUUUGUAAGAAAUUGCUAAAAAUCUACUUGAAUCAUAAGGAAAAUGUACCUAUUUUCAUUUUCUUCGAUGGAUUUGACGAAAUUUAUCCUGAGUACAAAACAGUUUUCCUUAAUUUAAUCGAUAAACUUAAUCAAAUGAACAUUAGAAUCUUCAUUACGACUCGUACUCAUUGUCUAAGAAGCUUGAAGUCGCUUAAAAAUUUAUCUGUGGUUCAAAUGCAGAUGUUUAAGGAAUUUCAGAGAAAUAUCUUUAUUAGGAGAUACAUCGAUUUAGCAUAUCCUAAUGAUUGUUUAGAAGAAACAAUCACAGGGAUAAAUCAGAAUAUUCUAUCAAAUGACAAAUUUGAUGAAAACUUGCUCGGGAACCCUAUGCUGCUGAAAAUGAUAAUUGAUAUUUACAAGAAAUCACCAGAAUUUGCUCUGAAUCUUGACAAAUUAAACAUUUUCAAGAUCUACGAUGGCAUAUUUAAGAUGUCCUUUGAUAAUUACUAUGCGAAAGAAAAGCUUGAUCCAACACUUAAUGUUAUUACUAGUAAGAGAAACCUUGAAGAGAAGAGAGUUAGAGAAAUUUACUCUUACCUAGCAAUUUUGGAAAUGAAUUUAAAAGGAGAAUUCUAUCAGGAUGAUAUUGAAUUUAAUGAAACAGAAAUCAUAGCUCGUGGCUUUAUUACGAAGUCAGCAGAAAGUGGAUAUAAGUUUAUCCAUCGCACCUUUGCCGAAUACUUUGCUGGAGAAGCAAUUGUUGCAAAAAUUAUUAAAAGGAACAUCUAUUGGAUGAAAUACAUCAACCAACAUCCGGACGAACUAAUGUGUCAGUUUGCCUAUUUCUCAAUUUUGGACAAACUACAGAAGAAUAGCCUGGAAUUUGAGUGUGUUGAGAAAUUAGAAGAUCUCUGCGAAAUCUUUCAACAUCUGUAUUUCAAGCGUCAAACAUCGGUUCUUAGUGAAUUUGUCACUGUUAUCAAAAAUAUUGAUCUAAAGUUAUCACGAGAAGAAAUGAUGGAUUUUCUCAUUUAUCAAAUGAAAUUCUAUCAAAAUUUUAAUCACGAUCAUAUAGACUUUUUGAUGGAGUUUUUAGAGGAACGAUAUGAUGUAGGCAUUCUCAAUUCAUUUCUCGGCAGACUUGAAUCAAAGAAUUUCAGUGACAUAAAAUACUUUUAUACGAUUUUUCAAAAUCUUCUCAUUUCUAGAGGGAUUCUCAGUGAAAGUCAGUCUUUUGAGAAUAUUUACUGUGAUUUUAGAGCACAGUUCUGGACCAAUUCAAGUAUUAAUUUUAUAAAUAUGAUGAAUUUUAUGAAAAAAAAUUCAAAUUACAGCAAAGAAAUAUAUUUUGCAAUGUUCACUAAUAGAAUCAAAACUAUUGCAGAUGAUGUUGAGCAGAAAAUUCGAUCAAAAUACGACAAAAUUGAUGCUUUUGAUACCCACGAUGUCGUACUAAUAAAUUAUUUGGCACUUUAUUUGGAAAAUUCUUGCAGUUUUCUUCAAAAUCUACUCACUUUCUUCCACAAAUGGAAGAUUAUAAUGCAAUUUUUAAGUAAACUAUCACGAAUACACUUCCAAGCGGAUUGUUCUGUUGAAAAUCCUUUCAAAGUUCAGCAUUUAAAUUUAGAAGAUUGCGAGAAAUUUAUCAAAAUGUGCAUUAAAAUUUUCCAGGAUAAUCAAUGGGUAAAUGAUAAAUUUGAAGAUAAAUCCUUGCUUUUCUAUUGCUGGACAAGUGGAGAUACCAUGAUCAUGACGAUAUUUCUGAAAUAUCUUCCAUUCCAAACGAUUGUUAAUUUAGCUUCAAGUCCAAAUUUCAAUGGAAAAUCUGCAAUUGAAUUCUAUCACACUGAGGAAAAUCCAAUAGGACUACCUCUAAACUAUUUGGAAUAUUUGUACAAGAACUUCGAUAGGAACUAUCUCUUCGGUCUUAUUGUGCUAUUUAAAAGGGACAUCAGUUGCAAAGCUUAUUUUAAAAAUAUUGAUUUAUACUACAACCUCUAUUGCUCGAAAGAAAAUAAUGUUAUUGAUCAUCAACUUUUCAAUGAGAUGGUUGAGAAAAUCAUGGAAGAAAUCCUGAAAGAAGCCCAAGAGACUCAAGUAAAUCUUCUCUAUCCUUUUGCUUUCAAUUUUGAAUACAUUGGCCUGAACUAUAAUUUUAUUGAAGGUUUUUUUGCAAAACUUUCAAAAUACUUCAGCAAUUUUGGUGGCCAAAAAAACUACCUUGAACACAGUGUAAAACAAAUUGAUGAUAAUGGAAACAAUUUGUUCCAUGUUGCAGCUAAAAAUGACAAUAAUUAUUUUAUUGACUAUAUUUGUAAAAAAUUAACCAAAACGGAAGUAACAGAGUGCUUGAAAAUGAAAAACAACAGUGGACAAAAUUACUUCCAUUGUUUGAAAGAACACUUUCCCAUUUGGGAGAAAAAUAAACAGAUAGAUCAAGAUGAUCUCCAAGAAAUGCUACUAGAGCAAGAUCUCACUGGAAAGACUCCCUUUCAUUGCACUAAUUCGAGCAUCUUUGAGAACUUCUGUUCAAAAAUUAAUUACGAUGCAGUUGUUGCUGCUCUUACAAUUAAAGACAUCCAUCAGAAUAACAUCUUGCACUACUGGGCUAGAGAUCCUGAUAAUUAUGGUGAUAGGACAGAGCUAGGACUAUAUCUCUCCAUAGUUAUAUCUCCAGUGACAGAAGCAAUCAAAAAAGCUCUCUUGGAAGUUAAUAGUGAGGGGAAAACCCCUAAAGACUUGGGUUUGAAUUUGAAGAUCGAUCAUUAAAAAAAUUAAUAAAUAAUUAAUUUCAAACAUU